AUGAAAGUCAACAGUGAUACAGUCUUGGAGGGGAGAAAAAUAGUCCUAGUACCUUACAGAAAGGAACACGUUCCAAGGUAUGUUUGCAGAAUCAUGGAGUUGGAGAUGAAUUUCUAGAGGAAAUAUUUCUAUAUAACCGUAUACUGUCCUAAAUCAAAGCAUUAGUCUGAGAGGCAAUCUGCUGUUUGGGCAUUGUCUUCUCCUUUGUGAAAACUGUAUGCAUAACGAAGCAUCGGGUCAUACAGAAAUCUUUCUAUUUUAGGUUCUAGAUUAAACGUUCGAAAAUAAACCCAUUCAUCCUAAGUUGUUUUGGUUUGUAUCAAUUUGUUAACUUGAAAAUAGUCAGUGUAUCUGCGUGUCUUUCAGUCCGUCCAUAAGUUAAUCAAUCAGUAAGCCAGUCAGUUUGUCAGACUGUCAGUUUGUGAGUAUGCCCUCCACUGAAUGUGACAUGAAGCAAGGAGACUCUCUAUCGGGGCACAAUAAAUUUGUUUGGGAAUCCUCUAGAAUCUACAAAGUGCAAUUGUCAUCAAUUUUAUCAUUAAUUAUCUAGUUCUGUUGCACUGUUUUAUCUUCAAGAUAUCAUGACUGGAUGCAGUCACCAGAACUGUUGGAGCAAACAGCAUCUGAAAGACUGACACUGGAUCAGGAAUAUGAAAUGCAACAGAGUUGGUUCUUAGAUGAAAACAGUAUGUCAGUUGCUAUCAUUGAAACUAGAUUUUACAUUGUCCACUUAAGCUGGACCUAUGAGGUGGUUCUUUUAGUAAGGAAAUAAAAGUUUGCAAGACAAUUAACCUGGUAACCACUAAGUGUCAGUUGCAUGUAAUUUCUCCUUACAGUAUCAGUCUUGAAUCAUACAUAAUGGUCACAAGAAUAAUGGAAAAGAUCACAAAUUUAACCCUUUACUGCUUGAGGGAAAUGCCAAAUGUUUCUUAAAUGAGGACAAUAAACCAUUAGAUCAUGUAUGAUAUAUCAUUUUAAAGGUAUUUUUUGGAGUAUGCUAUAAUUGACACCAACAGGUAUGGAGGAGGUAACUGAAAAGACUGAGAAGUGUCCAAAGUGAAAUAUAAAAUAUCUUGAAAUUUUUUGUUUGCCUUGUACAUAUAGGGCAUACCACUAAAUUAUGGCCUAAUUGCAGCUCCCAGAGCAUUGAUUGUUGUGAGAUAUCACCUUGACCAAAAUGAUAUGAGGACAAAAAGUUACAGGGGGUGGUAAAUAAAGUGUUAUAUUGGAGGGGGCCAUGAUUUUUUGCUUUGAAUGUGCAAAUCUUUCAAUGACUUUUUGGUUGUGAAAAUUUCAGAAGAAAUGAUUAAACAUUGAGUAUGAAAUAGCAUCUUAUGCCAUAUGACCCUCUUGGGCUUUAACUCUUUACCCCCCAACAUCAGUAUGCACAUUCUUCAUACUGUUCCUCAUACAUUUCCAAAGAGGCUGACAAGGAGAAUUUGUGUAACAGUCAAGGGCUGCUUUAGUUGGUGAUCAUCUCCUCUAUUCUCAUAACUUUCAUGUUUGAUUCAGGGGUGACAUAGUCAGGAGAAAUUAGAUACUCGUCACUCUUAGGGGCUAAAGGGUUAACCUCCUAAUUGUCAAAUAAAUUUUCCCUGUUAUUACCACAGAAAAUGCAGAGAGAUCAGUGAGGAGAAUGUGAAUACAAAUGUUAGAGUGUAAAGGGUUAACCCUUUAACUCCUAAGAUAUGAUUGUUAAUUCUCUCCUCUAGCUGCUACACAUUUCCUUGUAAAUUGGUUAUGAGAAUUUGGUGUUUAAUCAAGAUAAUAUCUUGUAUGUGAUAAAUUUGAGUAUUCUCACUACCUGCUUGCUGGAUAAUGUAUUGGAUGCUAUAAGGAGAUGUUGUAUGUUAAUCACUUCUGGGAGUUAAAGGGUUAAGGUUCAAUCAAUCUAGGCUUGUUAGCACAUAGGCAGCCCAAGCUCAUGUCUUGAGAAAAAGCCAACAAUUAAUUCAUGAAGGCAUCACGCAUUGUGUGACUUGGUGUUAAAUUACAAGAGGAACCAUUGAAAAUUUGAACAUGUUUUAAGGAAUAGUGUGGGGAAUGAAAUAUGGUUGAUUUAUAACAAUAAAUAUUUCAAAAUAUGAACAUUUUACACAUAAAAUUAACAAAACUUAUUCAUACCUUGUGUAUCCGUUGUAGUUUCUGGCAAUUUCUGCCGUUUUAAGCUUGCUUUACCAUCACUGUUAUGACAUGGAAUUAUCUACCAUCACUGUUAUGACAUGAAAUUACCAUCACUGGUAUUCCUGUCAAAAGACUUCAUCUUUUGUUGUGAAUAACAGUGAUGGUAAAGCAAGCUUAAAACAGUAGAAAUCAUCAGAAACUACAACGGACACACAGGAUGUGAGUAAGUUUUAUUGAUUUUACAUGUAAAAUAUUCAUAUUUUGAAAUAUUUAUCAUUUUCAAUCGACCAUAUCUUGUUCUCCUUACUAUUCCUUAUAACGUGUUCAAAUUUUCAAUGGUUCCUGUUUUAACUUAACAUUGAGUCACACAAUGCAUGACACUUUCAUGAAUUAAGCAUUGGCUUUUUCUUGAGACACGAGCUUGGGCCACCUGUGGUUAGUGUACAAUGAAAUUGUACAACCAUUUGAUGCAGAUACUGGAUUCAAAUUUUGAUAAUUGGGUACUUAUUCAUUUAUAUAUAUAUAUAUAUAUAUAUUUUUAACAAUUCAGAGUGUACAUUUAUCAUCUUGGACAGAAACAAAUGGGUCCAUCCAGAAGUUACAGAAAUAGGUUUGUAAACUGUUCAUAAUUAUUACAUAAUUUAGUUCCCCAAAAAUAAGGAAAACUCUUCCUGUGAUAACAUUCAAAGAAAACCAUGUCAAACUGAUUCAGCCAGGCUGCACAGGAAAAUGUGUGGUCUUUUGUCAUGAAGUAUGGAGUCCAUGAAGCUCAAAGAUACAACCUUCUUGUUUUGACUUGUUUGAUAAGCUAAAGCAAUUAGGGAGUCCUACAGAUGAGUGAAAAAUGUAAAUAAGCUAGUUCUAAAUACAGCAAGGGAAGUCUAAAGAAUGUCCUUAGAGCUAGUUACAAAUGUAACAAGUGUACUUACAUGAAAGAUAAGCAAUUAAUAAGUCACAAAGUUGGAAGAACUUAUGAAUAAUUCAAAACAACAUGGCUGGAAAUGGCAGGCAUCUUUCUGAGCCGGUCAGUGGUAUUAGGGCUUAAUGGGCUGCUGUACAAUAGUACAGCAGCUGUAGUACAGAAUAAUACAGAAUACUGCUGUACUAAAGUACAGCCGUAUUCUCUUCACCACUCACAGUCUCGAGCCAUAUAUUUUCCUGUCUGUUUCUUUGUCUCAAUCAAUAUGUGCAUAUCAUUAUAUCCCGAUAAUAUUUAAUCAACAAAUUUAUAUGGUGAGCUUUAGCCUUCAGUAAAUUAUGUUUUUUUUUUGUCGUGAUGAAAAGGGUACUCAUGUAAAAUAAGGUUUGGCUAUAAGUAUCUAAAGCACAUUUUGUUGGCAAUACAUGUUUGAUUGUGUACUAAAGCAUAAAUGGAUGUUUUUGUUUAAAGAAUGUAUGGCUGGUGAUGUCAAUUUGUUCUUCAAUGACAGCCAGCAAGAAGUUUCAGAGAUAGAAAUUAUGAUAGCAGGUAUAAUUUACUGUGGUUUUUUUGACUUACGAUCUCCUCCAGGCCUCUAAUCAACAAAAUAACUCCCUGACUCAGAAUUACUCGAAGGAUCAGAGAUUUAGUUUCCUUAGCUUUGUUUGCAUUUCCUUUUAGUAUAGCAAGAGCAUCCCUUUUCUCUUAUUCAUUACAUAACUCUGAGAAGAAAAGGGUGAAAAUUACAGCCAUGCAAGACGACUCAACCUUAUUUAUUGCUUUGCGGGAGAUUUGAACAUAAGUACAUAUCUUCACUCACUUUGAAACAAGUGGCUACCUCAAAUUCAGUGCUUAUACAAUCUGAAGCAAUUUCUUUCGCUGAACAUGUUUCACCAGUAAUCCACUUCCAUGUGCUUUACAGAACCAUCUUGUAGAAGAUGUGGACUUGGAAGAGAAGCCCUAUUAGCCAUGAUGAACUAUGGUAACUGUCCAACUCAUUUUGUGGAACACCCAGAUUCAUGAUUACCUUCAGUAAGGUUUCCAGCAAGUUUUUUCCACUUCAAGCUUGUAUUUAUCCAUGUAACCAGCCUGGAAAACUCCAAACAAGGUGUGACAUGAUAGAAAACACCCCUAAAAAGGCACUGCAGAACUCCCUAUCCGCAUCUAUCUAUCUGUGGUCAUGGUUUCUGAUCAUUGGGCUUCCUUAUCUCCCACAAGGACCAGCUGUUAGUAUACUUAUUUUGAGUUUGUUUCAUCAUUAUCAGGAUAUUGAUUAUAUCUCUCCUACAUGAAUUUUAGGUGUUACCUGCCUAGGAGUAAAAAAAUACGUUGCGAAGAUUGGUUGCGGUAACGAACCAAGUUCAGCACUUUUCCGCAAAUUGGGAUUUGUUGAGGUUAGCUUAAAAGCGUUUCUGUCCUAUUCAUGACAAUGAAAUCAGGUUUUUCUUAUAAGUUUAUGUCUAUAAAAUCCUUGUGCUGCGCUCCUAAGUGAAAUGAUCAGAAAAAAACGACAACAAUAACAACUGCAAUGACUUACUAAGCUAUAGAUACAUUAAAGGGAAUAAAUUUCUAGAGAAACUGUGGUGCUGCAUCGGUGGGAGAGUAUAACAGGGUAAUUUAGUGUUAUCAACUAAGCUGAAAACGUAAACUGGCCACAGCGAUUGGCUCUGACGAAGGGCUAACGCUCGAAACGUCAGCCUUUAAACUCUUUACGGUGGCCAAUUUACGUUUUCAACUCAGUUGAUAGCACCAAAUUACCCUUAAUAGAUACAUUAAACAAACAACUAGAAUGAGCGUAUCUCUGCAAGGUGGUUCACGUCAACUGAAAAGCUAUUUAAGCUUAUGAAAAUGUAUAAAAUUUGAGAAAUAGGAAAUAGCAAAAUCAAGCGGAAAAAUAAAUAAGAGGACUUGCCGAAUGAAAAAGAGAGUCAGAGGAAACUACUAAAUUGAGUGAUUUGUUCAGAUCCAUCAUUACGCAUAGUAGCUGGCUGUACUUGUGUAGGACACUGUACAUGCACCAUUUUAAAGUUACCGUGUCUAGACAUAGAAGAUUUCACUUAAAAUUUUUUUUUUCUUAUUUGAUGAUAGAUUUCCGUCAGCGAAGUAUUCAAAGAGGUUACACUGGAGAUGCAAGUAACUCAGAGUGUGAAACAACAGCUUACUCAGGCAACCAGUUACAUUCGUCAUCACAAGUAUCCCUACAGACCUACUCAGAACUCGGAUAAAAACUUGUAAUCAGUCAUGGAAGCUAUGAGAGAAUUCAUCAAACAUGUUUUGUCUUCUCGAUCUCUGCACUUGCAGAGUCACAGAACUUCCGAGAUGUCGGAUACAAGGACACGAUCUUUUCACACUCCGUUUUUAUCAUGUGACAGGCCGAAUGUCCGGAACAUAGAUUUCAGCAUGAAAUCGAAUGUUAUUACAGUUGCCAUUUAAGCGCGCAAGGAUACCUAAAGGUUACAACAACCCUGUUCUUAGUGGACUUUGAAAAAGAGGAACAUUGCCUUGUUGUCCAGUUUCUGAAAUAUUCUGUUCAUAAAUGUAUGGGGACGACACGAGAAGAAGUCAUUCACUUGAUGAGAGCAGAGUUUCUCCUCGGUAUGUUAAUAAGGAAAUCAAAGUCGAUCUGAGUUACUUUGCCUUCCAUUGCAUCACCAACACUCGCAUUCGUAGUUAGUGAGCUCGAAGGCCCGUGUCUUCAUCACUGAUACACAUUUGCAAUCCAGUUUAAUCCUCUUCGUCCUGAGCUAUCUUUGUUUUUAUUCGGUUUGUAGUCAUCUUUUUAUUUUUUGUACUUUUGUACCCGCAGAGAAAAGACUAAAAACACUAUGACGUAACCCUUUAUCAUCUCUCGAUAUAGCCCCCCCCCUCCUCCCCCCUCCGUAUUCCUACAUUCGUAAUAGAUAUUUUGGUAAAGGAGAAAUCAUUGCAGUUAGCAAUGGUUAGAUACACUAUUGAAGCAAUUGUGAAAUUGAAAUUAGAAUCACAGAAGAGGAAAAAUACCCUUGCAAAGGGUUCGAACCAUGAUUGUCACUCGUUUUCCAAUGAAUAUAUCCGGGAGGAAUCCCUACUUUUUUUGUUUACUUCCGUGUUGAAGAACUCCACGGGACUCCCGAAAGUAUCGUAAGGGGACAACCUUGAAAAAAUAAAAACAAUCACGCUGCAAGCAAAAGUAUACUUAUUACUGACGUUCCUUUCUACUGAUGAAAGGCUAAUGUGCCAAUUUUCGAAAUGAUAGUUCUCAGUCGUAUAAUAAAUCGAAAUUUUCGUUUUCAGUAAAAUGGGAAAAUGAUGAAUAAUAAGCUAUUUAUAUCCGUUUUAAUCGAAGAAACCAAAUAGAAAUGGCUUUUUUCAUAGCUCUCAAGGUUCACUGAGUAAAGUUUAAUUAAUAUUUCAAAGUACAUGG